GUUUGGUGGGCCGACCUCUACCAAAAAGAAGCUUUACGGCAACUUUCUGACACCUCCUUUUAUGGAAAAAUUUACAAAGAUCUCACUUUCAUCAACCAAAACAUUGUCCAAAGCACGCUUAACGACUAUGUAGCUAAACAAGAAUUGCCGGCCACUGCAAAAAAUCUCACCAUCAUCACUCCUACAACCUCGUGCUUUUACUUUUUACCUAAAAUCCACAAACCUAACAACCCAGGUCGACCCAUCAUUUCUGCCUGCAGUUGUCCCACCCAACUUAUUUCCAGCUAUUUAGACAAAGUUAUAGUACCUAUCGUCAAAACUUUACCAUCUUACAUUAAGGACAGCCAACACGCACUUGAAAUUUUUCGUGAC